UGCCGCGGGGCGGGGCGGGGUGGGUUUCUCGCGGCUCCGCGAUGAGUGUGGCGCUGCGGAACGCCCAGCGGGCCGUCCCGGUUCGUCGCGCCCCGCUCCGCCGCGCCGUGUGCGCGCUGCGCGCCGCGUUGGGCGCCUCGCGGUUCUCCGUGGGGGUGGUGUGCGCCGGGGACCCGCUGAUGCGGCGCCUGAACGGCGCCUAUCGGCAGCGCCCCGAGCCCACCGACGUCCUGUCCUUCCCGUUCCACCGCCUGGAGCCGGGGCAGCUGCCGCGGCCGCGCUGCCCCGAGGACUGGACCCUCGGGGACAUCUUUCUGGGCGUGGAGCUCAUCCACCGGCGGUGCCGGGACUCGGGCGAGGACUUGGACGCUGUCCUGGCGGUGACGGCGGCGCACGGGCUCUGCCAUCUGCUCGGCUACCGGCACGGCACGCGGGACGAGUGGCGGCAGAUGGUCGAGAAGGAGGCGGAGAUCCUGGAAGCGCUGAGCCGCGCCACCGGCUCCCGCCUGCGGCCGCUGAGCGCCGAGCUCUUCUGAGCGCGCCGCCGCGGGAUGGCCCCGUGCCGGGGCCCCCGGUGGCUGCUGCCG